CAUGCUUGUUACAAUUUACAACUAAUAGUCCCUAGUCAGAUACUUCACAGAGUUCACACCUACUACCAAGUACUAGUCAGUAGUCUGAAGUCUUAUCGCAGGCUAGUAUAUUAACCCCCCUCCACAAUCUAACGAGGCUACACGAGGGGAUGGAAAGGCGAGGCAAUCAUGGAAUAAUGUAGUAAAUGUAGCAAAACAACUAAAUAAAUCGAGUGUGCUACCACUCGAGCAGCGUGUGUUUUCAUUGUGGUUUUAGCCAUCUGUGGUCUAUUCAUCUGUGCCUUUGAGUUUUGACGUUUGGUAAUGAAAAGCGCGCGAAUCUGUUAGUUGCUACCAAACAAAUAAGUCAAGUUUUGAAACAUUUCUUGAACAGCAAAAGAUAUUCUAAUCUAAGAGCACACAACAAUCAUGGAUUUUAAAAUAAAGAGAAAAUCUACAAAAUCUGCUAUAGCAGGAGGGCUUUUGGAGACUUAUCCGCAUGAUCUCCAAAUGUAUAAACUCCCACCUGUCGGAGAUAUAAGCUUACAGGAGUUUGAAACUCUAGCUUUGGAACGACUAACAUUGUUAAGAUGUUUAGCAACUGCAACAACAUUAAAGGGAUUGAGAUUAUAUUCAGAAGAAUGGUGCGAUUUUAUUUUGGGUGAUUUAAGAAGUCAAGGAAUAAAAUAUUAUGUCAAACUUUGCGAAAAGUCAGGUUGCAGCACCCAGGACGUAGAUUUACAAGCAAGGCGAAAGGAUCAUAUAGCUCACUUUAUUCUGAGGCUAGCUUAUUGCAGAACAGAAGAAUUGCGGAGAUGGUUUAUUUCUAGAGAAAUAGAGUUAUUUCGAAUGCGUUUUAUGACUAUGAAAGGUGAUUCUGUAGAUAAUUUUUUUACUAUUAAUAAUUUAUGCUACACUAAUAUAUCUGAAGAAGAAAAAGAUGAACUUAUUAUAAAUUUACGAGAGUCAACACACCAUCCAAAUAUUGAUAAGAUGAAAUUUUAUAAGGUAAAAUUUUUUGAAGUACUUGAUUUGGUUAAAACAAGGAAAGUAUACUUAAAGGGUGGGUAUGCAUAUAUUUCACAUAAAGAUUUUAUAUCCGUUUUGACAGCUCAAUAUAGAGUCCAUUUAAGGCAGAGUCUUGCCAUUGCAUGUCACCAUCUUGGUGAGAUAGAACAAGAUGAAAGGUUAGUUUCUUUAUUAAAAGGAUUACAUCAAUCAUAUACUGGCAAUGACUACAGUGACUCAAAGGCUGUUAUUCCUAUAGAAAGUCUUGAUUCAUUGUCCAUAAAGUCUUUUCCACUCUGUAUGCGUCAACUACACGAGUUCCUUAGAUCGACACAUCAUCUUAAACAUGGAGGCAGAUUACAAUAUGGAUUAUUCUUAAAAGGAAUUGGUGUGACACUGGAAGAUUCUCUUAAAUUCUGGAGAGAAGAAUUUACAAAAGUUAUGGAUUUAGAUAAGUUUGAAAAACAAUAUUCUUACAAUGUAAGAUAUAACUAUGGUAAAGAAGGAAGUAAGAAGAAUUAUUCACCAUUUAAUUGUUUGAAAAUAAUAAACAAUAAUGUGGGCCCUGGAGAAUGCCAUGGGUGUCCCUUUAAACAUAGUGAUGCAAAUGUUUUAAAAAAUAAACUGAAAGGCUAUGGAUUUGAACAACAAGCUCUACAUGAUGUGGUUGAUUUAGCAAAACGAGGCCAUUACCAAAUAGCCUGCAGCAAAUAUUUUGAUGUGGUACAUAGUUCUAACAUUGGUCUAGGAAUUAAUCAUCCCAACCAAUAUUUUGAAGAGAGUCAGAAACUACUUAAAGGGGAUUUAAAAUUAGAACCCAAAAAGGAUAUUAAACCAACUAUAAAGCAUGAGAAAAAUGACAUAGAAGAAAUGGACUUUGAUGAAAACUUUUAAUGAGUUUUGUUUUUAAUAAAGAUUAUUUGUCUUUAA